AUGCCAAAAUCACACAAGAAAAAUCGUUCUACUUCUAAUGCAUCAGUUGUUCCACUUUUGGACAACAUUUUUGCACAAAUACAAUCAUCGACUAAUCCAACAAUUAAUACUGAAACGAAUAGAGAUAAUUCUGAAGUAUCAUCAUUUGAUUGGCAAUGUGAUACGAGUGAUUGGUCUGAUAAGAAACCAUUAGAUAAUGUAUCUGAUACAUUUCCUCAAACAGUUCGAUCUAUACAACGAAAACAUGAUGAAUCGAAAACGAUAUUUUUUCCAAUUAUAAAAAAAAUGAAUAAUGAAAAUAAAACUGAAAAUCAAUCCGAUGUUAAAGAAGAAAAUACUGAUCGAACAAAAACAAUAUCAAUGAAUACAAUCAAUCUAACAGAAUUAACUUUAAUUGUAAAUGAUCUUAUUGAAGGUAAACGUGAUGAAUCGGCUUAUAAAGAUUUUUUAUCAAUAUUACAACAUUUCUCCGUCCAUUCACAUCGAGAUGAUCAUUUAGAAGAAACUGUUUAUCAUUUAAUUCAAGCAGCCGUUAGUUUUAUACGAUCCAAUCAACAACGAUUUGAUCCAUUGAAACUUGAAGAAUGUUACCGUCAACGAUAUUUUCUUAAAACUAAUUCUAAUCAAUGA